AGAACAAUUUUAUAAUCAACAUUUCUACAUAGAACCUCAAGAAAGAAUGAUCGUAGAUUUUCAAGAAAGUAUGGGCGUAGAAUCUCAAGACAAUGUAGAAUUUCAAGAUGGUAUAAGUGUAGAAUUUCAAGAAGAUAUAGGUGUAGAAUUUCAAGGAAGUAUAGGUGUAGAAUUUCAAGGAAAUAUAGGUAUAGAAUUUCAAGAUAGUAUGGGUAUAGAAUCUCAAGAAAGAAUAGGUGUAGAAUUUCAAGAUAGUAUGGGUAUAGAAUCUCAAGAAAGUAUAGGUAUAGAAUUUCAAGAUAGUGUGGAUGUAGAAACUCAAGAAACUCCAUUUAAUACCUUUAACAACAAUUCUGUUAAAAUUAGCAAUAAUAUUUCUACCGGUUCAACUUAA